AAGUCACGCAAGAGCUAAAAAACAUUCAGGUUGAGCAGAUGACAAAACUUCAGGCCAAGCACCAAGCAGAAUGUGAGCUCCUUGAAGACAUCAGAGCCUUCAGUCAGAAAAGAGCUGCAAUCGAGAAGGAAUAUGCACAGAGCAUCCAGAAGCUGGCCAGUCAGUACUUAAAGAAGGACUGGCUUGGGAUAAAAGCUGAUGAACGAAGUGAUUAUAGGAGCAUGUAUUCCGUGUGGAAAUCCCUUUUGGAAGGCACCAUGCAGGUGGCCCAGUCCCGGCUCAAUAUCUGUGAGAACUAUAAAAACUUAAUUUCAGAGCCAGCCAGGAGCGUCCGGUGCUUCAAGGAACAGCAGCUGAAAAAGUGCGUGGAGCAGCUGACAAGGAUCCAAACUGAACUCCAGGAGACAGUGAAAGAUUUAGCUAAAGGCAAAAAGAAAUAUUUUGAGACUGAACAGAUGGCUCAGGCCGUGCGGGACAAAGCUGAUAUUGAGGCCAAGUCCAAACUUAGUCUUUUCCAGUCAAGAAUAAGCUUACAGAAGGCAAGUGUGAAGUUGAAAGCCCGUCGAUCCGAGUGUAAUUCCAAGGCCAUCCAUGCCAGGAAUGAUUAUCUCCUCACUUUAGCAGCUGCCAAUGCACACCAAGAUCGUUACUAUCAAACAGACUUAGUGAACAUUAUGAAGGCCCUUGAUGGAAAUAUAUAUGAUCACCUUAAGGAUUAUUUAAUGGCAUUCAGCAGGACUGAACUAGAGACGUGCCAAGCUGUACAAAACACAUUCCAGUUUUUACUGGAGACUUCCAGCAGGGUGGUGCGGGAUUACAACCUCCAGCUGUUCCUGCAGGAGAAUUCCGUGUUCCACAAACCUCAGCCUUUCCAGUUCCAGCCGAGUGACAGUGACACUAGUUUUAAUGCAGUUCAGCUGGUGGAGAUUGAGCCCUCACCUGUCAGUGCUAUGAGAAUGACCAUAGCAGAGAGUCGACAACUGGAAUCGGAAACUGGAACGACUGAGGAGCACAGUCUGAACAAGGAGGCUCGGAAAUGGGCCACCAGGGUGGCCAGGGAACACAAAAACAUUGUCCACAGCCAGAGGACCCUGGAGGAGCUGGAAUGCCACGGGCCCGUGAUGUCCGAGCAGAGCCGAGCGGAACUGGAGCAGAAAAUAGACGAAGCCAGAGAGAGCAUCCGCAAGGCUGAGGAAUCAACUGGAUUUGAUUGUUCUUUUCUCACUGAUACCUCUCAGCUGGAAUUUAAUGGCAUUAACAAAUGCAAUUUGUUGGAACAGAUCAAUGCUGAUGCAGAAAAGGAGGAAGGGGAAGAGUUUGAGGACAGCAUGGACGUGUUUGAUGACAGCAGUUCCAGUCCUUCGGGCACCCUCAGAAAUUACCCCCUCACCUGCAAAGUUGUUUAUUCCUAUAAGGCUUCCCAACCGGAUGAAUUGACCAUAGAGGAGCACGAGGUGUUGGAGGUCAUUGAGGAUGGAGACAUGGAAGACUGGGUAAAGGCACGGAAUAAGGCGGGUCAGGUGGGAUAUGUCCCGGAGAAGUACCUGCAAUUCCCAACUUCCAGCAGCCUCCUGAGCAUGCUCCAGUCCCUGGCGGCGCUGGACAGUCGAUCCCACACCUCCAACAACUCCACGGAGGUGGAUUUAGUCUCAGGAAGCCUCAAUGGAGACUCCAGUGGUAAAUACCAGGAUGGUGACCCCCCCACACACUUCCCAGAAAUUCCCAGGGGAAGGGUUUUUUGCAGCCCCUUGGAUGUUUUUCCCCCACAGGUUUCUCCAACUCCGAAGCCCAACAACAUCCUCCCACCACUCCCGUUGUACGACCAACCUCCCACCAGUCCCUAUCCCAGCCCGGAUAAAAGAGGCUCCCAGUUCUUCCCGAGGUCUCCAUCGACUAAUGAAAACAGCUUCGGAUCCGAGUGCCCCGGGUUCUCCCAACCGCCGCGGAUUCCCGCCGAAACUUCCUACGGAAAACUGCGACCUGUGCGAGCAGCUCCUCCACCCCCCACCCAGCACCACCGCCGGCCCCCGGAGAAGAUCGAGGACGUGGAGAUCACCCUGGUGUGACCGGGGGGGCUGAGCAGGAGGGCUACAAUCAAGACCAAACCCAGCAUUUGGUCCCUCUCCCAUUUUUAGGCACCUUUGCAUGAAGAAGACUUUGGAAUAGAGCGGGACACCGGGAGGGUUGGAUUUCGGCGGAUCCCUUCCCGCGGCCGUGAAGAUUUUUGUGCCUUUUUUUGUUUGUUUUUUGGUUUCUUUCCAUCGGUUUUGGCCUCUCUUAGCACAAAGCAAGCCCAGCAGAGGAUUUGCCUUGGAGCAGGCUUUUCCUCCUGGCUGAAGAUGCUCCGUUUUUUUCCCAAGGAGACUGAGGAAUGAGCCUCCUUCCUGCAGCUUAGUCAUAGCACCCUUUGCUCCCGUGCAUUAGUACAGUAUAUUACUGUUGCCAUAGGAAUGUGCUGAACAUUGUGGAUCCUUCCAGUAGCAUUGGAUUGUCUGAUCAGGUGUUAAAUCAGAUCCCGCGGAAUGAAAAAAGGGAACGGGAAGAUAAGUCAAAAGGAGAGGCUGGCUCCUCUUUCACCCCCCUGCAGAAAGGAAGAAACAGGAAAAGAAGCUCCUGGAGGAGCAAAAGACCACGGGGGGGUUCAUUCCCCUCGUCAGGAAUCAUCAGCUGGACCCUUCUGCUCCUUGGAUUCCUAUUUACACAGGACUUUUUAGUCCCAGAGGAUCUACUCUGGAGGUGCUGAAUCAGUAGCAACAUCUUGUUCCGUAGCAUAAACCAGAAAAGUAAGUGAGGUUUUGUCUAGAUCUGCAAAUCGAGCUGCUUUAUUUUUUGUUUUCUUAGCAGGUUUUUGGGGAUUUGGGUUUGUUGUUGUUGUUGUUUUUUUUUUUUUUAAAGUGUUUGGGUCAUUCCUACCCCAGUUAUUGCUGUGUGCUUAAUUAUCCAACGUUAGCAGAUAUCUUUGUCAUCCAACCACCUGGCUUGAGUUAGAGGUUCCAUUUUAAGAGUAUUUACAUGCAUUUAGUUGUUGCAUUGGAUGGUCCUGUAGUGUUUUCCCAGUGAAUCCCAUCAACCAGCCAAAGCCAGGGAGCCUGGAGCUCCCUGUGAUGCCUUUACACCACCUUGGUGCCCAAGAUCUGCUCUCCAGUUCCUCUCAGGAGAGAAGCAGAGAGGAGAAGAAUUGCAAAUUUCCCACUGGAGAUCUCUGAAAAAGGGAGCUUUGCUUUUGCUGUGCUUUGAAAGAAAAGGGUUCUGAGGUCGGAGGUGGAGAGGGAAAAACUGGCUGAGAACAGGUUUUUUUUGGGUCCUGGCUGAAUUAUUGUCAGCAAUCUCCAUCAGAGGGAGGAUCAGAGGCAUCCCUAGGUUGGGUUUUGAGCUGUUUCUGUGGGUUCUCUUGUGUCUUCAUGGGUUUUUGUUCAAAGCCAGUGAGUUUUCUACCUUUAGUUUACUAACAAGGGCUAUUUUUUCAGGCUGCAUUUACAAAAAAAAAAAAAAGAAAAGAAAAAAAACACAAAAAACAACUCAUCUUAGGAGAUUCUUUCAUAAACUUUGCACAUACCUGUAAAUCCCAACCCAAGUUGGGUCUCUGAGACAUCUGUGCUUUCCAGUCUCCUUUCCCAGUGGGAUCCUUAACCAAGAGUGGGGCUGUUUGAAGACAACAACUCAUGGAUCAGUUCUGAAAUCAGGGACUGUCCAAUGAAGUCUUUUUUUCCAUAUUUUUUCCUUUCUUUUGCACCUCUUGUCCUGUUGAUCUGUUUGAGGUCUUUUUAUGUGUUUAUCAAACUUAUUCUUAAGUUUAAAAAAGAAAAGUUUUUAAAAAAGAAGAUUUAACUGCAAAUAUUUUGAGAUCUUCACAACGCAGAAGAAAACCAAGUGUUGCCAUAAACCUUCAUUUUUAAUUCCUUUGGCCAGUUUUUUCUGUGUCCUUCAUACCCGGACUUUGGGAAAAAAAAAUUCAGAAAGUUUUAUUUAAAAGUCUCUUUAGUUGUAUUUUAAAAUAUUUUCUGUAAGAGCUGCUAAUUUUAUUUAAAAUACAAAAGUGAAAAAAGCUACAAAAAAAAUGUAAAAAAAAAAAAAAAGGAAGAAAAGCUGUAAAAAGAUGCAAAAAGAUGCCUCCUUUUUAACUAUGAUUUCUUCAUACAGGGCAUGUAUCGGCCAUCGCAUCGUGUACAGUGUCAGUACACUGAAAGCAUCAGUUGCUUUCUUUAUAUUGGCUGUAAAAAGUUUGUAUUUAUUAUGUAUAAAAAGUUGAAUAAUAAAAAAGUGGAACUAAA